AUGGAACAAUAUAUUGAUAAAACUACAAACAUUAAUCUUAUAUUAUCUAGUCAAAAAUAUUAUCUUUUUAUUAUUGUUUUUAUUAUUAUUGGUAUUCUUGUUACGAUUGUAUGUCUUCUUGCUUUAUAUAUAUUAUGUAAAAGUCGAGUACCAUAUCGUCAUAGAAUUCAAUUAGAUUAUAUUAUUGAUCCACAAUUAGCCAAACAAGCAGCAUUAAAACUUGCACCAGAACCAGUGUAA